UCUUUAAGAAACCGAAGCUUUAUUUCUUCUCCUCUUCGUUCAUCUCUCUCUCUCCUUCGUCUACUCUGUUGUUCGAUCUGUAUAUCAAAGGUUUUUGAGCUAAGCUUAAGGUGCAAUGGGAGACAGUCAGUACUCGUUUUCUCUCACUACCUUCAGUCCAUCAGGGAAGCUGGUUCAGAUAGAGCAUGCUCUAACAGCUGUUGGAUCAGGCCAGACAUCUUUGGGAAUCAAAGCUUCAAACGGAGUUGUCAUUGCAACAGAAAAGAAACUUCCUUCUAUUCUGGUUGAUGAAGAAUCUGUUCAGAAGAUUCAGCAUUUGACUCCCAACAUUGGAGUUGUUUACAGUGGUAUGGGUCCUGAUUUCCGAGUUCUUGUGCGAAAGAGUAGGAAGCAGGCUGAGCAAUAUAACCGUCUGUACAAAGAACCCAUCCCCGUUACUCAACUUGUAAGAGAAACUGCAACUGUGAUGCAAGAGUUCACUCAAUCAGGUGGUGUUAGGCCGUUUGGAGUUUCUCUACUAGUGGCUGGGUAUGAUGACAAAGGUCCACAGCUCUAUCAGGUGGAUCCGUCUGGCUCUUAUUUCUCAUGGAAAGCUUCUGCCAUGGGAAAGAAUGUUUCAAAUGCUAAGACAUUUCUUGAGAAGAGGUACACUGAAGAUAUGGAACUUGAUGAUGCCAUUCACACUGCCAUUUUAACUUUGAAGGAAGGUUUCGAGGGAGAAAUCUCUAGCAAAAACAUUGAGAUUGGCAAGAUUGGUGCUGACAAAAUUUUCAGGGUACUAACACCUGCUGAGAUUGACGAUUACUUGGCUGAAGUAGAGUAAACUUUCACUUGCCCGUCCGUGCAGCUUAGCCCGCUUUGAAUCCUAAUGCUAUCUUUUUCUUUUCUCUGACUGGUUGCACAAACUUGGUUGUUAUUGCUUCUGUAAAACUUUUGGAACUUGUUAAGACUCUAGACCCAAUUUUAGAAUCUGUUUUCUUUUCA